AUGACCGUAGACAACCCUGCGAACGGCGCCGGCCCCGUCUCGGAACCGGCGGACGGCCUGCGCAAGCUCUCACUAGCUACCCGCACCGUCCACGCCGACGACGGCAUCAGCGCCCACCGCGCCAUCGCCCCGGCCAUCCACGUCUCGACGACGUACAGGUAUUCCUCUAACCCGGAUGACCUCCGGUCAGGAGAGAACACCGAUCCGAGCGCGCCCGGCGACUCCCACAUCUACUCCCGCUACUCAACCCCCAACACGACCCGCUUCGAGGCCGUUCUCUCCUCCGUCCUCGGCGGGCCCUCGCUCACCUACUCCUCCGGCCUCUCCGCCUUCCAUGCCAUGCUGGUCUACCUCAACCCCAAACGCGUCGCCAUCGGCGGCGGCUACCACGGCUGCCACGGCGUCAUCCGCAUCCUGACCAAGCUCAACGGCCUCAAGCAGCUCGAGCUCGACGACGCCUCCCUCGACCAGCUCCAGGCCGGCGACGUCCUCCACGUCGAGACCCCUCUCAACCCCACCGGCGAGGCCCGCGACCUGGCCUACUACGCCAAGAGGGCCCACGCCGUCGGCGCCUACCUGACCGUCGACGCCACCUUCGCCCCGCCCCCGCUGCAGAACCCCUUCGACUUCGGCGCCGACGUCGUCAUGCACUCGGGCACCAAGUACUUCGGCGGCCAUUCCGACAUGCUCUGCGGCGUGCUGGCCGUCCACCCCUCCCGCGCCGACGAGUGGGUCCCCGGCAUGAUCGCGGAGCGGUGCUACAUCGGCAGCGUGAUGGGCGGGCUGGAGGGCUGGCUCGGCGUGCGGUCGAUCCGGACGCUGGAGCUGCGCGUGGAGCGGCAGAGCAAGUCGGCGACGAGCCUGGUGCGCUGGCUGGACCGGGAGAUCCGGGAGAACCCCGAGGGCGUGGUCGGGAGCGUGGUUGACAAGGUCGUGCACGCGAGCCUUCAGAAGGAGGAGUGGGUGGCGAAGCAGAUGCCCGGGGGCUUCGGGCCCGUGUUUGCGAUCUGGCUCAAGGAUCAGGAGAGCGCCAAGAAACUGCCGAGCAAGAUGGAGCUGUUCCACCACGCGACCUCGCUUGGUGGUGUCGAGAGUCUAAUUGAGUGGCGCGCGAUGAGCGAUCCGGGCUGCGAUAAGCAGUUGUUGAGGGUUAGUAUCGGGGUGGAGGCGUGGGAGGAUUUGAGGGAUGAUUUGGUCCAAGGCUUCGAGAAGUUGGCGGAGGAGAAGAAGGCUAGAUCAUAA